UCGUCUGUGAUUCACAGCGAUGUCUGUGCCAGCACCGAACCGGAGACGGUCGAAAGAUUUCCCUUCGAUACCUACGAGCGACCGAGCAAGAGGCCACGUCUGGACCUGGAGGAGGAAGCAGAGAACCUCUUGGACAGCAGCUCAUUGAUGGACAUCGGGGAGACGGUGACCAUCAAGACUGAGUCAGCAAAUGUGAUCGCAGAGCCCCCUACACCUGUCCAAAAGACUCCUACGUAUAUCGUCUACGAAUCCUGCUUAAGGGAGCUGCUUACAGAGUGUCCAGACUGCAAGAUGAAAGCAGAUGUCCGCAUGAGACGUUGGGGCACAUUCCUGACUGUGCUGCAGAAUUGCCAAUAUUGUCAGUACUCUCGACGAUGGAACAGCCAGCCUGUUCUUGGAAGCACUCCUGCAGGGAACCUACAACUGGCUGCGGCCAUUUACAUCAAUGGUGCAUCUUUCACCAACAUCGAAAAGAUUUUUAAGACGAUGAACUUGAAAAUAUUCAAAUGGCCGACCUUCCAAAAGUACGUCCAGAGGCACAUAGAACCUGCUAUCGUAAAGCAGUGGAGGGCGAGUCAAGACGGCCUGUUGGCAGAGCUUUCACAGCAGCAAAACAUCAUCCUUGGAGGUGGCAUGAGGACCGACUCACCAGGCCUCUUUGCCAGGUUUGGCAGCUACGCCAUGAUGGACCUCAGAAAUAACAAAGUCAUCGAUGUUCAGCUAGUUGAGAGCAGUACGUGCGGUGGCGUUGACAACAUGGAGGUAAAAGGCCUGGGAAGGAGUCUCACUCUGCUGAAGGAUCAUGACGUGAGACCUGACACCGUCGUCACAGAGACUCGACCCGAGAUAGAGGAGUUCCUGCGAGAGGCUGCCUUCACACACUACUAUGAUGUCGGACACAUUGAAAAAGGGCUUUCCAGGAAACUGAAAGUGAUAUCACAAAAGAAGAACUGCAGAAAAGUGAAGAAAUGGCUCCCCACCAUAAGAAAACACCUGUACUGGACAGCAGAGACCUCCACUACGGGACCGGAGAAAAUGGCAAAGUGGAUGUCAAUCGUGAACCACAUCCAGAACGUCCACGUCCACGACGACCCACGAUUUCCUCAGUGUCUGCAUCCUCCGCAUACGGGCGACGAAGAUAAAUGGCUGGCAGCUGGAUCACCAGCUGUCUCCAAAUUGAGCAAGACACUAAUGAACAAAAAGCUUCUGAAUGAUGUGGAGAGACUCAGCCCUCAUCCCCACACAACUUCACUUCAGCACUUCCACAGUGUGAGCAAGCGAUUCGCACCCAAACAGCAGAUGUUUUCUUUUCAAAGAUUUCUAUGCAGGUUGUAUUUGGCAGCGCUGCACUUUAAUGAAAACUCAGGCCGUCCCCAAGCGACCUCAGCUGAUGGUGAGCCCCUGUUCAGGGUGGCGUUUCUCAAGUCCCAGACAAGAGAAUGCACAGACAAGCCUGUGAAGGUCGAGCCAACGUAUGGUUACGAGGAAGAGCUGGUGGACUUGGUGUUUGACAAGGUCUUCCCGGACCCCACUCCAUAUGUGGAAGAGGUGCUGAAGAUCCCCAGACCUCCAGAUGUGCCUUCACGCUUUGACCAACCGUGUAGUCAGGAUGUUGUAUUCGGCUACGUCUCCGUUAUCAAUCGAGGAGGCAGGCCUCCCCUCUAUUGACCUCCUGAUGUGCCUUCAUGCUUUGACCAACCGUGUAAUCAGGAUGGUGUAUCCGGCUACGUCUCCGGUACCAAUCGAGGAGGCAGGCCUCCCCUCUAUUGAACACAUCGGAGCAUCUCAGAUGUGGAAGAUGCACUAUACCAGUUUUUGGCCCCGAUACCGAUAUCCGAUACCUGGCUGUGCAGUAUCGGCCUCCCCUCUAUUGACCUCAGCCUGAGUGAACUUUAUUCCAAGUGAGAGGAAAAAUCCCUCAAGCAUCUCAGAUGUGGAAGAUUAAUUUGUGCUCUUAUUUAGAGCAGUUAGAGCACGGGCUAACGUUGAAACAUUAGUCUACUGGCAAUGUAAACAAAAUCACCUAUUAGUCUUCCACAUCUAAGAGGGUCUUAUGACUUUUCUUCUCACUUAGACAUGACGCCCUACACAUAGUGAAGAAAAGGAGCGUGGAGGAUACCUCACUUUUUUAUGUGAAUUUUAUUCCAAUGCCUCAGCAGCACAACACAAGAGGGAAGGGCAACUGGUGUUUGAAGAAAAAAAUGUAUUGAGAUCAUCUCAUUUCAUUUUAUCAAUCUUUUUUUUUUUUUACUAUCUCUGACAUUUUGUUACGUUUCACCUGUACAGCUGAACAUUACAAAUAAAAAACAUCAAUCU